AUGGAAGCAAUCCAGUUGUUCUCAUCAUCCUCCACGCCUUUCCGGCAGCAACGGUUGCCAUUUCGCCGGAAAACCAACCUCGGACCAGUCAUCGUAAAAGCAAGAGGAGAAGCGAAUUAUGGGCGAGAUUAUUGGGAUAUGAGCGUAGAUGAGAAUAUGAUAACAUUAAGGAAGAGGAUUAAAGAAAUAAACAUGUUAGAGAAGAAUGAUGAACCGGAUUGGAUGGAGUGGGAGAAGGAAUAUUUCAUUCACUAUAAUAACGAUGUUUGCGAGGCGAUGGGAUUGUUGCAGAACUAUCUUAUGAGUGUUAGGCCAAGUUUGGGUAUUGGAACGAUGAUAUUCGUCACCUUUUGUAUUUUAUUUUUUGCUGGAACGGUGUCGUUUCAUGCUUUAGAGAUCGCCAGAGGUAUUGUAUCUCAGUUCCAUUCCAUAUAA